UCCUAGUUGCUCCACUAGCAGUCCACUGUCUUCAAGUCUUCACUAGAUAUGCAUCUCUUUCUUUGUACCGGCCCCAACGUCUAAACUUUGUCCAAGCUUUGAGCCCUCAACCACCUCAUCGAUGGCAGCCACCGCCUCCACCACCAACGCCAAGCCCUCUUCGAUUUCCUCAUCUCGUACGAAUUCAUCUGUAAAGCCUUGCCCUCGGAUAACCCAUCUUUCAAUCCCCCCCAAAACCCUCUCUAAACCCUCAUGUUUCCCUCAGAAGCACUUUGUUUCCCAUGCCCACCGAAAUUCCUUCGCUAUUCACUCCAAAAACCCCAUCUCUGACCUUGUAUUGACAAAGAACAAUGACCCAGAUGGCUUUUUUAGCUUUAGUGAUGAUGACGAUAAGCCCCGGGAAGAGUGCGGCGUUGUGGGUAUUUAUGGGGACCCUGAGGCGUCGAGGUUGUGCUAUUUGGCUCUUCAUGCUCUGCAACAUCGUGGCCAAGAAGGUGCUGGUAUUGUUUCUGUUAGUGACAAUGUUCUUCAUUCAAUAACUGGUGUUGGGUUGGUCUCUGAUGUGUUUAGUCAAUCGAAAUUGGGUCAAUUACCUGGUGAUAUGGCAAUUGGGCAUGUUAGGUAUUCGACUGCUGGUGCGUCGAUGCUUAAAAAUGUCCAGCCCUUUGUUGCUGGGUAUAGGUUUGGGUCUGUUGGGGUUGCACACAAUGGGAAUUUGGUUAAUUAUAAGACAUUGAGAGCCAUGCUUGAAGAUAAUGGGUCAAUUUUUAAUACUAGCUCUGAUACUGAGGUUGUUUUGCAUUUGAUUGCAAUAUCAAAGGUGAGACCUUUCUUCUUGAGGAUUGUUGAUGCUUGUGAGAAGCUUGAGGGGGCUUAUUCUAUGGUGUUUGCAACAGAAGAUAAGUUGGUUGCUGUUCGCGACCCAUAUGGGUUUAGGCCUUUGGUGAUGGGGAGAAGGAGCAAUGGUGCUGUUGUGUUUGCAUCUGAGACUUGUGCACUUGAUUUGAUUGAAGCUACAUACGAGAGAGAGGUUUUUCCCGGGGAGGUUGUGGUGGUGGACAAGGAUGGUGUUCGGUCUCUUUGCCUAAUGCCCCACCCUGAGCCGAAGCAGUGUAUUUUUGAGCAUAUUUACUUUUCGUUGCCGAACUCCAUUGUCUUUGGAAGGUCUGUUUAUGAGUCACGUCAUGCAUUUGGUGAAAUAUUAGCCACAGAGGCUCCUGUUGAUUGUGACGUCGUGAUUGCUGUGCCAGAUUCUGGGGUGGUGGCUGCUCUUGGUUAUGCUGCGAAAGCAGGGGUGGCAUUUCAACAAGGAUUGAUAAGGUCACACUAUGUUGGAAGGACCUUCAUUGAGCCCUCACAGAAGAUUAGGGACUUUGGGGUCAAACUUAAGCUCUCUCCGGUGCGGGGAGUAUUGGAGGGGAAGAGGGUGGUUGUUGUGGAUGAUUCAAUUGUGAGGGGAACUACCUCUUCAAAGAUUGUUAGGUUGAUCAAGGAAGCCGGGGCUAAGGAGGUUCAUAUGAGGAUUGCAAGUCCACCGAUGAUUGCUUCUUGUUAUUAUGGAGUGGACACCCCUAGUUCAGAGGAGUUAAUAUCAAACAGAAUGAGUGUGGAGGAGAUUAGAGAGUAUAUUGGUAGUGAUUCACUUGCAUUUCUUCCAAUGGAUAGCUUGAAAAAGUUGUUGGGCGAGGAUUACCCGAGCUUUUGUUAUGCAUGUUUCACUGGGAAGUACCCUGUUCUGCCUAAGGAGGAUAAAGUGAAACGAGUUGGUGAUUUCGUGGAUGAUGGCUUGAACGGAAGCGUUGAAUUCAUUGAUGGUGGUUGGGUUCAAGGGCCUCCUCGUCAGCAGAGUGAUUCAGAAGGUGAAGUUCAGAAGUUAUCAUUCUUGUAAUGAUUUCUUUGCUUGCAGUGACUUCAAUGAAGAUGAGAACAGGAUACACAUAUGGCGAGGGACAAGCGAUUUAGCUUCAUGAAUGAAUACUUACUUAUCAGUAUCUCUGCAUAACUUAAGCUUCAAACUUUAGAGCUUACACAAUUUUGUUUCAACCUUAAUUUUGGAAAAGUUACAUGGUAAGAACUCAAAAUUUAUUUUUUUUCCCUUUUCUUUUCAUUGUGAUAGACAAAUUAGCUAUGAAUUUUUGAAAGUUUCUUCUAUGGCGUGGUUUGUUGAAUAGUUAUUUUAUGGUUAUGUGUUUACAAGCCAAUUUUCAAAAGAGUGAUUCAAUUUGAUGUAAUAUAAUAUUCUGAAGAUGCAGUUGCAGUUGCAGUGUUUGUGCAUUUUACAAAAGAAGAGUUCGACCCAGUGCUUUAUUUCUGACUCCUAGUUGAUCCUGAUCCUGAUCCUGAUUCGAUUGAUUUUCCCCAAUAACCAAGUACUUUAUUCUGCAUAUUUGAUUCCAUCCAUAAAUCUCUUUUCUUCCCUAUGAGUUCUCUUUUCUUCAGGCUAC